AUGGAUGAGCUAGAUGGUUUCGACCCUACCACACCUGCGGCGAAGUUAGCUGCGAGGAAUAAACGUACUGCAGCAGCACCCAAGAUAAACUCACUGAACGCAUCACUUAAUGGCGCCGGUCCUUCCAAGGCGAAACCAACCACCGUCAAGCGCCCACGCAUUCACGCACCUCCGCCUCCCGACAUCGAGGUCAUCGACACAGACGGCCCAGAGGAAAUCGAGACACCUCCAUUGCCAACGAAGACCAGGGCAAAGGCGAAGGGCAAGGCAAAAGCUGACGCUAAGCCUGUCGAGACCGUCGAUAUUGGAGACAGCGAGGAUGAGCGCGCUGCUGCUGCUCGACGCUCGCGUGCGCAGAAGGGCAAGGGAACUUCACCGGCAAACCCCGCUUCGGACUCGCGCAUCAGCGCGUUGGAACGCGAGAUUGAGCGACAGAGGACGCAAUUGGAGCAGGCUGAAGUUCGAGAACAGGACCUACACGUAGCCUACGAACUGUAUACGAAAAGCAAGGAGAAAGAGGAGGAACUCGUGCAGACUCAAAUCGCGCAGUUACACUCGCUUAUGGCAGCGAAGGAUGAGAAAUACAACGCGUUGGAGGCGGAGUUCAGGCGGAGCAAGAAGGCGACGCUCGUACCCCCUGACGGCUCUCAUUUCCUGCAGAUCUUGACACCUGAAAUGGCGGAGAAGGACAAGCUCGAGCUACAGACUAAGCUUGACAAGGCCGUCGCUGCUUCGGAAGGCAAGGAUGCGCGUAUCAAGGAGCUCGAAGAUGAAGUCCGUGACCUCAAGCAAGAACGAGACGGCGAGAUCCAACGCGCGAAUCAACUGCAGAAGGAGCUCAAAGCCUAUACCUCUGGACAACGCCCACACGAACCCAAGAUCGUUGUGAGAGGCGAAAGCGAGAGGGGUCCGCUCAAUAGCGCUGCUGUCCGGAUGUACGAGGAGUUGACGAACAUCUUGAUCACCCGAGUCAAGGAGUUCCCAAACGAGUUGAGGCCUGGCACGGUGUGGUAG